GUCAACAGCAAGAGCGUAGCACUUCCAGCAAAGCGAAGACGCGGGCGUUAGUGAGAGUGUGUGUGUUUAUCAGCAGAAGGAUACGGCCAGGAUAUACCCAAGAUACGUGUGUGACACCCAGUGAGACCCAAGAAAACAACCACAAACUGUACGUUCAGACAGAGCACGGGUCAAGCUAAACAAAAGCCGAAAACAGAGACCGACGAUGCAAACAUUUAAGGUCUGCGCGCUGCUGGCGUUCUGUUUCGUCCUCGUUUCCGCCCGCGGCAGCAAAAGGCGGGAUGGCCCCGUUACGAUUACGGACAGCGAGCGUCGGAAUAUUGAAGAUUUCCUCUUGGCCAAGUUGAAACAGAAUUGCAGGCAGGAGGACGAUCGCGCCUGCAGGAUGAUCAAGAUGUCGAUUGUAAUGAACCACCUGUACCUGAACACCCGACUUGACCUAGGCGACCGCGUCAAGGUCACGGAAAAUUGGAACAUCUCGAUGGUGCCGGAUGAUCCGGAGGUGGAUCAGCUGUUGUCCCGCUCUAUAGGCUCCGACGAGGAGACCUUCGCCCUGCUGAUGGCCAACAAGCUGUGGAAGUUCAUCCGGUCGCGAUCGCUGCGGUACAAGUUCUCGGAGAACGCGGACUUUGUGAUGAACAGCGAUCCGGAGGGCAGUCUGAAUGUGGGCGUGUCCGUGCGCCCGCUGGAGGCGUUGCAGGAGGGGCGUGGCAAGAUGAAGAACAUGGGACCGAUGCUCAUGAUGAUGGCGGCCAAGACCGGAAUGGUGGGAGCUCUCCUGCUCAAAGGCCUCUUCCUGCUGGCCGGAAAGGCGCUGAUUGUGUCGAAGAUCGCCCUGCUGCUGGCGGUGAUUAUUUCGCUGAAGAAACUGCUCUCCAGCAAGAAGACCAUCGUGGAGGUGCCGUCGCACCACGACAGCUACAGUUCCGGGUGGUCGAGGGCCUUCGAUGGGUUCGUGGAGGGACUGGUGGACGUGCCCGCCGACGUUUGGGCCAAGGAGGUGCAGCAGCCACAGGAUCAGGCCCAAAAGCUGGCCUACAGUGGCCAGCAGCCGGGGAAAGUGGCGCAAUAAAGCUAGUUACUGACUAACUUGUUAUGUAUGUCAUUAGAUCAGGAAUGAACUAAAUUGGGUUUUCUUUUAACACUUUCCUGCUGGCUUGGGGUAACUCCUCUCACGCUCUCACUCUCUUAUCUCUCUCUGGAUCUCUCA